GCCCACCGGCCAUGGCUCACGGGCCCAGCCGCUGCGCGGCAUGUGGGAAUCUUCCCGGACCGGGGCACGAACCCGUGUCCCCUGCAUCGGCAGGCGGACUCUCAACCACUGCGCCACCAGGGAAGCCCCUUUAUUCCAUUUUCAGUGGCGUCAUCUGCAGUUUUUCCAUUUGAGACAAAUUUGAGUGGAAUUCUUUGCAAGGUCGAAUAAGAAUAAAGAUGUUUGUUCUUUUUUUUUUUUUUUUUUAACAAGGGUUUACCGAGGGUCUAUUAUGUGUUGUAUGUUGUGGGAAAUACCCAAAGAUUUCCCUCCCAGGGAUGCUCCUGUGUUCAGUUACACCCAAGUUAUCAAUAAAACCGAUUACUACAAAUUGCUAAAUUAGUGAACAUGUACACGAGAGGUAGUUUGCCAGGCAGAGGAGUAGGAGGCUACACACCUGUAUGGGCAAGAUGCAGUGUCUAAAAGAGCUUGUGAUAUUCAGGAAACAGUUGUUCGCUGUGACCAGAAUGUAGGGGAAUUGGCAAUGGGAGGAUUGGAGAGAGAGAGAAAAUAAGGUAGAUUGGGGUCCAAUUGUGACUAGAUUUGAAACUUAAUAUAGCAGACAGUGGGAUGCUAGUAAGUUUUUUUCUUUUUUAAAUAAUUAUUUUUUGGCUGCGUUGGGUCUUUGUUGCUGUGUGCGGGCCUCUCAUUGCUGUGGCUUUUCUUGUUGCGGAGCAGGGGCUCCAGGCGUGGUGGCUUCAGUAGUUGCAGCACGUGGGCUCAGUAGUUGUGGCUCGUGGGCUCUAGAGCGCAGGCUCAGUAGUUGUGGCGCAUGGGCUUAGUUGCUGCACAGCAUGUGGGAUCUUCCCGGACCAGGGCUCGAACCCGUGUCUCCUGCAUUGACAGGUGGAUUCUUGACCACCACACCACAAGGGAAGUCUGCUAGUAAGUUCUUAAAGCAGAAAAAUUAUUUGACCAGAUUUGUGAUUUCUAAAGUAACUCUGGUGGUAGCAUGGAAGAUUGAUUGAAGUAGAGAGGAAAUGGAGACAAACCAGUUGGAAAAUUCUGAAGAACUUGCUAAGGCCAUCAAACCUAUCGAUCGGAAGUCAGUCCAUCAGAUUUGUUCUGGGCAAGUGGUUCUUAGUCUAAGCACUGCUGUGAAGGAGUUGGUGGAAAAUAGUGUGGAUGCCAGUGCCACUAACAUUGAGCUCAGGCUUAAAGACUAUGGGGCGGAGCUCAUUGAAGUUUCAGACAAUGGAUGCGGGGUAGAAGAAGAAAACUUUGAAGGCUUAACUCUGAAGCAUCACACUUCUAAGAUUCAGGAGUUUGCUGACCUCACUCAGGUUGAAACUUUUGGCUUUCGGGGGGAAGCUCUGAGCUCACUCUGUGCACUGAGUGAUGUAACUAUUUCUACCUGCCACACAUCUGCGAAGGUUGGGACUCGACUGGUGUUUGAUCACAAUGGAAAAAUCCUCCAGAAAACCCCCUACCCACGACCCAGAGGGACGACAGUCAGCGUGCAGCAGUUAUUUUAUACGCUACCUGUGCGCCAUAAGGAGUUUCAAAGGAAUAUUAAAAAGGAGUUCUCCAAAAUGGUCCAGGUCUUACACGCCUACUGUAUCAUUUCAGCGGGCGUCCGUGUAAGUUGCACCAAUCAGGUUGGACAGGGUAAGAGGCAGCCUGUGGUGUGCACCAGUGGAGGCUCCAGCAUGAAGGAAAAUAUCGGAUCUGUAUUUGGGCAGAAACAGUUGCAAAGCCUCAUCCCUUUUGUGCAGCUGCCCCCUAGUGACACUGUCCGUGAAGAAUACGGGCUGAGCUCUUCCCAGGCUCUGCAGAACCUGUUUUGUAUCUCAGGUUUUAUUUCUCACUGUGCUCACGGCGUGGGAAGAAGUUCAACGGACAGACAGUUUUUCUUUAUCAAUCGGCGGCCUUGUGACCCAGCAAAGGUUUCCAGACUUGUGAAUGAGAUCUAUCACAUGUAUAACCGGCAUCAGUAUCCAUUUGUUGUUCUUAACAUUUCUGUUGAUUUGGAAUGUGUCGACAUCAACGUUACUCCAGAUAAAAGGCAAAUUUUACUACAGGAGGAGAAGCUUUUGUUGGCAGUUUUAAAGACGUCUUUGAUAGGAAUGUUCGAUAAUGAUGUUAACAAGCUCAACGUCAGUCAGCAGCCGCUGUUUGACGUCGAAGGUCACUCAAUAAAAAGGCAUUCGGCAGAGGUGGAGAAGCCCGUGCCAGAGAAGCAGGAUGAUCCCGCCCCAUUAAGGACUCGCGGGGAAGAGAAAAGGGCAGUGACCAUUUCCAGACUGAGGGAGGCCUUUUCCCUUCGUCACACAGUGGAGAACAAGUCUCGGGGUCCGAAGGCCACCGACCCAAGACGGAUUUCUCCACGACAGAAAAGCAGCACCCCACUUCCUAGCGCUUCAAGGCCCCUCUGCUCCUGGAAGCACAUCUCUGAACCUCGGGAGGAAGGGGUGACUUCCACUCAGGGGCCCUGUGACCCGAUGGGCAGAGUGGACACGGAGGAGGGCUGGGGGCACAGCAGCACAUCUGCCGGCUCUGAGGAGGGGUCCAGCACCCCAAAGACGGGCAGCCAGCCCAGCAGUGACCAUGUGGCAAGCUCCCCCAAAGAUGGGUUUUCGCAAGAAAAUGUGGAGUCUUUGGAGAAGUUACCUGAAACGGACGAUCGUCUUUUGGGCACGAAUUGCCACUUAGACCACGAAGAAAGCGGCUCCCGAGCUAGAGUUUCGCUGCAGCCAACUCAGCUCUCAUCCCCAAACGCAAAGCGUUUUAGAAAAGAAGGGGUUCCUUUAAAUCCCGAUGUCCCUCCAGAGUCCAUGAAAACUCAGAACGCUUCAGCGCCGGAGGUGGAUGUAGCUGUUGAAAUUAACAAGAAAAUAGUGCCCCUUGACUUUUCUAUGAGCUCUUUAGCCAAACGAAUAAAGCAGUUAUGUCAGCAAGAACAGCGACAAGAAGGUGGACAAAAUUAUAGGAAGUUUCGGGCAAAGAUUUGCCCUGGAGAAAAUCAAGCAGCAGAAGAUGAACUAAGAAAAGAGAUAAGCAAAACGAUGUUUGCAGAAAUGGAAAUCAUUGGUCAGUUUAACUUGGGAUUUAUCAUCACCAAACUGAACGCAGAUAUUUUCAUAGUGGACCAGCAUGCCACGGAUGAGAAAUACAACUUCGAGAUGCUUCAGCAGCACACUGUUCUCCAGGGUCAAAGGCUUAUAGCACCUCAGACUCUCAACUUAACAGCUGUCAAUGAAGCAGUUCUAAUAGAAAAUCUGGAAAUAUUCAGAAAGAAUGGCUUUGACUUUGUUAUCGAUGAAGGCGCGCCGGUCACUGAAAGAGCUAAAUUGAUUUCCUUGCCAACUAGUAAAAGCUGGACCUUUGGACCCCAGGACAUAGAUGAACUGAUCUUCAUGCUGAGCGACAGCCCCGGUGUCAUGUGCCGGCCUUCCCGGGUCAGGCAGAUGUUUGCCUCCAGGGCCUGUCGGAAGUCUGUGAUGAUUGGAACUGCUCUUAACACAAGUGAGAUGAAGAAACUCAUCACCCACAUGGGGGAGAUGGACCAUCCCUGGAACUGUCCCCACGGAAGGCCCACCAUGAGACACAUUGCCAAUCUGGACAUCAUUUCUCAAAACUGACAACAUUUCUCUCUUUCUUUUUUUUUUUUUUUGCGGUACGCGGGCCUCUCACUGUUGUGGCCUCUCCCGUUGUGGAGCACAGGCUCCGGACGCGCAGGCUCAGCGGCCAUGGCUCACGGGCCCAGCCGCUCCGCGGCAUGUGGGAUCUUCCCGGACCGUGGCAUGAACCUGCGUCCCCUGUAUCGGCAGGCGGACUCUCAACCACUGCGCCACCAGGGAAGCCCUAACAUUUCUCAUUUUAAAGAGCUAUUGAUCUUAUUGCAGAUUUUUCUGUUUUUCAAGGCAGGGUUUUAAGUAACCAUUUUGGGGUUUGUUUCUCAAUGAACCUGCUGCUUAAAAAUGCAUCAGGUCCGUUUAGAAGUGAUCUUGAGAACUUUUUCAAUCCAUAUGGAGCAUUGCUUGCAACAUUUUUUGCUUCACAUUUGAACAUAUGUGUGUGUGUGUGUGUGUCUGUCUGUCUGUGUCUGUGUCUGUGUGUGUCUGUGUGUGUGUGGUGUAGCAGCAAGAGCAUGUUUUACAAAAAGAGAGCACUUUGGAAGUCACCUAGACUUCUGCUCUGGCCCGACGUAUUUUAGCCUGCCACUUUUCAGCUCUUAAUGAUGAUUAAGCCCAUAAUGGUUUAACUUCAUAAAUUGAAAAUUAUGGUCCUUUUGAGUUAGUCAUUUUCAACCCUAAUGCAUAUUAAAUUUAGAAAAUAAUCCAAAGAUACCCAAGGGAUAUUCUCUGUCCAGCUGGAAGAAGUCGACCAGGUGGGGUGAGGUCUCUUUUGUUUUUUUUGUUGUUUUUGGCUGUGCCGCGCUGCUUGCGGGAUCUCAGUUCCCUGAUCAGGGAUUGAACCCAGACCACGGCAGCAAAAGCCCGGAAUCCUAACCAGUAGGCCACCAGGGCACUCCUGGGGGUCUCUAUUUUUAAAUGUUCUCCGCUGCAGCCAGGGUGGCAAAGAGCGCUGUAGGCAAGGGCAAAUAAAAGGCUUUGAUUUUUCUGUA